AUGCUGACUCAUGUAGACCUACCUGAACCGAGUUCAAACCCCACUUCUCCCCGAGGCCUUUUCAAAAGAAAACCAGCACCAAAGUCCGACUCAAAAAGAGAUCUAUCUAUCUCUCGUACUUUGAGUGGCAAAAUAUUAUCCAAAUUGCCCAGUUGCUGUAUUAAGUCUUACCCCAUGGAGGAGAAGCUUCUGGGUUUAUUCGAUGGGUCAUCUUGCUCGGCAACCCUAACCGGCGGUUUCCGCUCAAUGGGUCCACCCGGACAUGUGACUGGUCAUGACUUUGCGACUCUGGUUUUCGGUCACGUACUGUCGACAGUUCAAAACUUGUUAUAA